UCCCACGCAUUGCGUCAGCUCCACGACGUAUAUGAACCCAAGCCGGUCCCGGAGUCAAACUAAUCUCGCUGUCUCCAGCCUCGAAACAAGAAAAAGAAACAGGAAAUCUACCAAAAUACAGAUCGUGAGCAGAUUUUUUCUUCUAACCAGGAAGCUACGGGACAAAUACGAGGCGAAAGGGAGCUGGAACGACAUCGCAUACGUUUUAAUUGUUAAGUCUUGAAAAAAAAAAGGGACGAGGGACGGGACUUUUGGUAUAAACAACGUUAAGGUUAGAAAAUAGACUUUUCUCCUACUUGAUGUGAAAACAGUGCAACAACUUUAAAGUUGUGAGACGACGAGGAAGUUUUGCCAUUUUUCCUUCCAACACUUAAACCGAGAAGAAGACGUCGAAAUAACACAAGUCGGCGUUGCCUUACCGACACUGCCAUGGAUUCUGGAAAGCAAAUCACCUUCCCAUUGAUGCUGUGUGUUGGGACCGCCGUGAUUGGAUCCCUGCAGUUCGGAUACAACACGGGCGUCAUCAAUGCACCUCAAAAGAUCAUCGAGAACUUCAUCAAUGAUACAUGGGUUGCGCGUUACCAGACGCCCAUUUCGGAAAACACCCUCAAAGCCAUCUGGUCCAUUGCCGUUGCCAUCUUCUCCGUCGGCGGCAUCUUCGGCUCCUUCUCAGUUGGCGUUUUUGUCAACCGCUUUGGAAGGAGAAACUCCAUGCUCCUGGCUAAUGUACUGGCCCUAAUCUCAUCGGCCCUGAUGGGCUUCUCCAAGACAGCAUCCUCCUUCGAGAUGCUCAUCAUCGGUCGCUUUGUGGUGGGCUAUUACUCGGGCCUCUCCACUGGCUUUGUGCCCAUGUAUGUGGGUGAGGUGUCGCCCACGGCGCUUCGCGGGGCUCUGGGGACCCUCCACCAGCUCGGCAUUGUCGUGGGCAUCCUCAUUGCACAGGUGUUUGGAUUGGAGGCCAUCAUGGGUAACAGGGAAUUGUGGCCGCUCCUCUUGGGCUUCAUCUUCAUCCCGUCGGUGAUGCAGUGCAUCCUGCUGCCCUGCUGCCCUGAAAGUCCACGGUUCCUGCUCAUCAACAAAAACGAAGAAAAUAAAGCCAAGACUGUGCUGAAGAAGCUGAGGGGCACCAACGACGUUAGCGCUGACAUGCAGGAGAUGAAGGAAGAGAGCCGGCAGAUGAUGCGGGAGAAGAAGGUGACCAUUUUGGAGCUGUUCCGCUCACCACUCUACCGCCAGCCCCUCCUUGUCGCCGUUGUGCUGCAGCUUUCCCAGCAGCUCUCGGGCAUCAACGCUGUCUUCUACUACUCCACAAGCAUCUUUGAAAAGGCCGGAGUGGCACAGCCAGUCUAUGCUACCAUCGGAGCUGGUGUCGUUAACACAGCUUUCACUGUGGUGUCGCUAUUUGUGGUGGAGCGCGCCGGCCGGAGGUCUCUCCACCUGCUGGGACUACUGGGAAUGGCCGGUUCUGCCCUCCUGAUGACUAUUGCCAUGGCCCUUCUGGACCAGGUCAAAUGGAUGUCCUACUUGAGCAUCGUGGCCAUCUUCGCCUUCGUGGCCUUCUUUGAGAUCGGACCCGGUCCCAUACCCUGGUUCAUCGUGGCCGAAUUGUUCUCUCAAGGGCCCAGACCUUCAGCUAUUGCUGUGGCCGGUUUCUCCAACUGGACUGCCAACUUCAUUGUGGGGAUGGGCUUCCAGUAUUUAGCUACGGCGUGCGGCGCCUACGUCUUUGUCAUCUUCAUCGUGCUGCUACUCAUCUUCUUCGUCUUCACCUACUUCAAGGUCCCCGAGACCAAAGGUCGGACUUUUGAUGAAAUUGCAUCCGGCUUCCGCCAGAGCGCAGUAACGGGCGGUGAGAAGCACGAGGAGCUCAAUAGCCUGGGGGCCGACUCGCAGCUCUGAAGUAGCCCUUCACUGCCAAGUGAUGGGACAAACUCUUGAUCACCGCGAGGAGGGGGCGGACCGACUAGAGGUGGGAGGCGGGGAGAAGGGAUGGUUGGGUCUACUUGUUAGAUGGGUCCCGGCGUAGAAUCAUUUUCACACUGUCAGCACAUUUCGGUUGUCUUUACCGCGUGUGAUCCUCCUUUUACGUCUUCUGCUGCCCAUCCCCCACUGACACACACGCGCACACACACACACUGCUCUCCUCCUAUGUCACUCAAAACGCUCGACGGGCAGCGUUUGGCCCAGAAGAUGUGAAAGAAGUGUGUUGGAAGGUUUCUGAUAUUUCAAAGAAGGAAGAAGACCGCUCUUUUUUUUCCUUUUUUAAUAGAUCUACUUUUUCACUGAGCGAUCAUACUGUAAAAUGCUGUAACACUGUAGAGUAGACUCUCGCACUGUAGCUCCUGCACGGCUUCCUCCUCCAGAUGGCGCACUUUUCCUUGAAAUAACUCCCCCAAUAUGUUACUGAGGAAAAAGUGAUACGCUUCACAGCAUUGUUACAGCUAAUUUUAAUAUAUGAUAUGUAUAUUACUUAUUGAUUUUAGAUGGACAAUAUUUUACUCAAAAUUUUGUAAAACAAAAAAAAUAGUGUAUGUAGUUGAAAAUGUUCAUGAAAAGGAGUCAAGGACCUCAGUGGAAAAAAUUUAAAUACCAGGAGAAUAAAGUGAAGAAAUUAUACACUGUUUUUAUCAAGCGACUAAAGUUAGUCAAAAUUUAAUGACACGAGUCCUAAUUUUAAUUGAAUAAAGCCUCGAUGCCAUUGGACAGCCAUUUGUUUAGCUGGCUGUACGAGACAGCCAUUUGUUUAGUUAGCGCUACCAGUGGAAUUCAUCCUUCUCCAGGCUAAAAGGAAACAUGUCUAAAAAUGGCCGCCGUCUAGAUUCGCUCGCCGUUGCGCCCCGGCAUGAUUGCGCGCUAUGCACCGCGGUGUUGGUCAGCACCGCCGAGCGGUACCCCGUCAGCACAGGUAAAUAUCACGUUAAGUAGCUCGAUACUAGACGAUGCGACAUGGCAGCGGGACCCUAGAAAGGAUAAGCAGUUCAGAAAGUGGAUGGAAAGUUGCUAAAAUAGCAUUUUAAUAUUCCAAGAAUAAGUCUUAGCUUAUUCGAUUGAAAUCAUACUCUUCCAAGAAUAUCGUCACAAUAUUUGUAUUGGUAAAAAAAAAAAGCGUUUGAGAAUGUGGACAUCGGAGUGAUCAAAUACAUUAUUUCAUAACUUGUCAAAAGGAGCCUUUUUAUUCCAGUGUGGCUCCUGAUACUACUGUGCGUGUUCACCCAUGAUUUUAAUGUAAAAUAUUGAAGAUAAAGAAUUAACGAUACUAAUUUUAAUACACAUAUACACACACACACACACACACACAAAAAUUGUGUGCUUGUUACUCACCUUAAUACAUCUUUCUUUUUUUCCUCUAAGGGUUUUUUUUUUACCUGACAGAGGCUCACAAACACAUGGAAACACGUAUAUUUAGAGUGGAAAUAAGAAAAAAAUGGACCAAAAACGAAAGUCACCCUGAUUAUCCUGCCUUGGAUCAGUUCUCCAAGCCUUGCUGUGUGUUCCAUUGUGGAAGUAUUGUUGUGCACUGCCAUGUGUUGCAGUCUUGUUCAGCUUGCUCGGCCUCGCUGUCUACUUCUGCUGUAUCACUGCUCUCGUCUCUUCUGUUUUGAGGAAACCAGUAAAAUGAAAAAAAAAACCUUUUAGCAGCACUUUAUUACAAAUAUCUUCUUAUUUUCUCGGAAACAACUCAAAUCUCUGUUCCAGAGGAGAGCGGCUGAUGGACCUGAUGUCUGUUGACAUGGUAUUUUGUCAUAUUUUUAUUUUUUUUAAUGAAGUGCUCCUCUAAAUUCAGGCCACUUGUUGGCACGAUGUGUCAUCAAAUCAGGACUUUAAUCCAAAUCAUUUGUCAUUGCGACCAUUCCAUAAGAUAUUCGCACAAUGUUGCUGUCCACUAAAAUGCAUGUAUCUGCACAUUUUGUCAAAAAACAUUUUGGGGAAAAUCCUCAACGUAAUCAAACUUUUAAUGCCAUGCUCAGCCCACAUUAGAUGGCACAGGCAAAAAAAAAAAAAAAUACUAUUUGCAAUUUAGUGUUGCCUCUACUGUCAAGAAUACCAGCUAGUGAUUGGAACCCAUUUGGGCAAAUUUCCUUGUUGCAGUUUACCCAUGUCCAGAAAUUUGUGCAAAAUGUCCAAAAGGGCUGGCUGGCUUCAUGGCUCCUUGAGACUUUUUAAUGCAGCCUGUUUUGCUAGACAUGUACACCCACUAUCGUUUGGAUGGACAAAACCGGUCUUGAAGGUUGAGAUUUUUUUUUCUUUUCAGACUACACUACUGGUGUAGGAAGAGCUACUUCAAGCCAAAAUGUCUUAUUUCUUGUUCAUUUUUAGGCACGGUCCGUGAGACUUUUUAAUGCAUUCUGUUAUGAUAGACAGUCCACCCAAUUUUGCAUCACUCAGUGAAACAGGUGUCCGUGGCCGAUAUUUUUUCAUCUUUCCCAGGGGUAAUUUCUGAGGAAAAAAUGGCUACUUGUAAGAAAAAUAGCCAACUUCCAAUUUCUUUUCAGGAAUCUGUCCUUGGGACUUUUUUGUGCACUUUGUUGUGGAUUGAACUGUCCACCAAAGUUCGAGUCGAUUGGCGAAACCGGUGGUGAGAGUGGAUUCUAUUUAUAUUUUUCACCUGACGUCGGAGGCGCUACUGAGUGUGAAAUGGCUGCUACAAACCAAAAUGGCCAACAAUUUUUAUUUAUUUUUUUCCUAUUCCAGACACACGUCCAUGAGGCUUUUUCACUUGUCCGUACAAAGUUCAUAUGGUGUUGUGGGGUUAUUUUUUUCCAACUUUCCUGGGGGGUGCUACUGAGAGACAAAUGAAUUGCUUCAAGCCAAAUGGGUGGAAUUCAUGUUCAGUUUCUGGUCCUUGAGACUUGUUUUUUUGCAUUGUGUUAUAGACCCAACCGCCGAAUUUCAGGUCAAUCUGUCAUACUAGAGAUACUUUCUCGGGGGGGUCACAGAAUAAUUUUUUUUUCUCCCCCUCCUCCCCUGGACCCCCUAAAAUACAUACUUUUCGCCAGGAUGCACACCCAUAAAAAAAAAAAAAACAAAUAAAUAAAUGUGGAGUUACCUGUUUAUUUCUUUAUUGGACAGCGACUGUAUUUUGAAUGUCUUUUUUUUUGUGCCAGCCAAACUGUGCCUUUCAAGUGACCUUUAAGUGCACUCCAUUUGCACACAAAAAACAUGGAAUUCUGUUAUACUGAUACACACAAGCCUUUUAAACAUCAUCUUGUAAAUAAAACACCACAGCCACUUGCAAAAAAACAUUUUCACACCAUUAGAAGGAUUUGUAUUCUUAGAUUGUUACUGCAAAGAGGAGUCUACUUUUGAAAAAUGUAUUUUAGCCUCCAAACACUUUUAUUCAAUCAUCAGAUGUUACAUGUCGAAGGAGUGAAAAACAGUGCUCUCAUUUUAGGGCGCCAAAAAAAAAA